AUGUCUGCUAGAGUUAAACAAAUUGGUCAAAGAGCUUUCCCAACUGUCAAGGAGAUGUUUGCUAACUAUGUAGAGAUUCCAAAGAAUUCAACAUCGGUGCCAUUCUGGGUAGUGAUUCGCGAGAAAUGCAGCUCAGAAAAAGUGUACAAGUAUCAUUCUAAGGGUGGUCAAAACAGAAUCGUUAUUCAAAGAGAAUCGGAAGAGAAGCUUUAUAAUCCGGUCAUCAAUGAAAAUAGAUUCGUCAGAUAUUUCUCUAAUGAGAAAUUGACCUGUCCACGACCAUUAUACGACGAUGGUGAAAUCAACUCAAUGUUACAGCUAUUGUCAACCAAUGAUAAAUAUUCUAAUGAUAUCAAAGAUGUUGCUAUUGAUUUAACAAACCUAUUGGAGAAAUCAAGAAAUAAAUAA